CGGUUUCCCGUGACACCGUGCGAGGAGCAACGUAGCCGGAAGCUGGUGGCGGCGGGGUCGGCGACUGGCGAGAGUCCUCGGUGCAGCUCGCGGCCCGACCCGGCCCGGACCCCGCCGACCCCGCCGGAUCCCGGUGCGCAGAUCGAGCCCGCCUGCAUCAUGGCCAGCCCCAGGACCAGGAAGGUGCUAAAGGAAGUCAGGGUGCAGGAGGACAACAACGUGUGUUUUGAGUGUGGUGCGUUCAACCCUCAGUGGGUGAGUGUGACCUAUGGAAUCUGGAUCUGCCUGGAGUGCUCGGGGAAGCACCGCGGGCUCGGCGUGCACCUCAGCUUCGUGCGCUCUGUCACUAUGGACAAGUGGAAGGACAUUGAGCUUGAGAAGAUGAAAGCUGGUGGGAAUGCUAAGUUCAGACAGUUCCUGGCGUCUCAAGAGGACUAUGACCCCUGCUGGUCCCUGCAGGACAAGUACAACAGCAAAGCGGCCGCCCUCUUCAGGGACAAGGUGGCAGCUCUGGCCGAAGGCAGAGAAUGGUCUUUGGAGUCAUCGCCUGCACAGAACUGGACCCCGCCGCAGUCCAAGACGCUGCCAUCCACUGCCUACCGGGCCUCUGGCCAGCCGCAGAGUUCGACUGCCUCCUCGGACAAGGCCUUUGAGGACUGGCUGAACGAAGACCUCAGCUCCUACCAAGGGGCCCCGGAGAGUCGCUACGUGGGGUUUGGAAACACGGUGCCGCCUCCGAAGAAGGAGGACGACUUCCUCAACAGCGCCAUGUCGUCCCUGUACUCGGGCUGGAGCAGCCUCACCACCGGAGCCAGCAGGUUUGCCUCAGCAGCUAAAGAGGGUGCUACAAGGUUUGGAUCCCAGGCAACUCAGAAGGUGCCCGCGGGUUUGGCAGGCAGGGCAUCAGAGCUGGGCCACAGUCUGAACGAGAAUGUCCUCAAACCUGCCCAGGAGAAGGUGAAGGAGGGAAAGAUUUUUGAUGAUGUGUCCAGUGGGGUGUCUCAGCUGGCGUCCAAGGUCCAGGGAGUUGGCAGCAAGGGGUGGCGGGACGUCACCACCUUUUUUUCGGGGAGAGCAGAGGACCCCUCGGACAGGCCCCUGGAGGACCAGAGCUACCAGAACAGCGGAGGGGACAACUCCCAGAACAGCGCCAUCGACCAGAGCUUCUGGGAGGCCUUCGGGAGCACUGACCCCGCCAAGGCCCACAGGUCCCCGAGCAGCGACAGCUGGACGUGCGCUGAUGCCUCGGCCGAGAAGCGGAGCUCAGACAGCUGGGACGUUUGGGGCUCGGCCUCCACAUCCAACCACAACAGCGAUGGCGGGGAGGCCUGGGGGGGCGGUGGGGAGGGCCGGCCCAAGACCACCAGGAAGGCAGCCCCGAAGGCCGCUCAGGUGGACGAGGGCUGGGACAACCACAACUGGUAGGCGUGCCGUGCCCGGCCCCGACCGCCGGCAGCCACUGUGUCUGCACUUUGCCCUCUUCCAGCACCUUCCACUUGAGCAGAAACCCGGCCGCAGCGUGGAGACAGGGCCUUGGGCGGGACUCUGGGACUCCAUGGCUGCAGGGGUUAGAGGCCGGCUGCUGUCCUGCCCCGACCUCCCCGUCUCCCCCUCCUGCGUUCCGGGUGCCAUGGCGGGCAGGAGCUGGCUGCUGUGGGAGCCGCCACACGCACUAAUAAACCCUCCGGGGCUGCCUGGGGUCGUGAGUGCUG